AUGGCAGUCUCAAUCAAUUCUGUGCAACUCUCGCUACCACAGGCGAUAAUCGCGGGGUUCUUUCUUGUGUUAGGAUUCCUGUACUUCGCUUUUCAGAUCAGCGAACUCACACGGGUGCUGUUAAGCACAUUUGUGACCCCGGGAAAACCUCUCACAUCAUUCGGUCCACGAGGAUCUUGGGCUUUGAUAACAGGCGCAAGCGAUGGAAUUGGCAAGCAAUAUGCGCUCCAGCUGGCAAAAGCUGGUUUCAAUGUUGUCCUUGUCUCGCGCACCGAAUCAAAGCUACAUAAUCUCUCCUUAGAAAUCACGUCUUCGAAUUCAGACAUCAGGACAGAAAUCCUGGCGAUGGAUUUUUCGAAGAACCUAGGUUCCGACUACGAGAGGCUGGCAGCGAUUAUUAAAGAUAAAGACAUUGCCGUCCUCAUCAACAAUGUUGGUCAGUCUCACGACCUCCCUGUCCCGUACGCCGAGGAUCCGGAGGAAGAAGUGAACAACAUUAUUAUUACAAACUGCAUUGGCACUCUUAGAGUCACCCGCCUUGUCCUCCCCGGGAUGUCUGCCCGCAAAUGUGGCCUUAUCUUGACCAUGGGGUCCUUCGGUGGCCUACUCCCAACACCACUCCUAGCGACAUACUCCGGCUCCAAGGCCUUCCUGCAAAACUGGUCCACCGCGCUUGCAGCUGAGGUUGAAGCAUUAGGCAUUACCGUCUACUUCAUUCAAGCUUACAUCGUGACAUCUGCAAUGUCCAAGGUCAAGCGCUCAACUUACAUGUUUCCAAGCGAGAAGGACUUCGUCAAGUCGACUCUGGCAAAGAUUGGCAAUCGGUGUGGGAGUGUGGGAUAUGCUUUCUCAGGCACUCCAUGGUGGAGUCAUGCUCUGUUUGCAUGGUGCAUCUUGACGGUGGGAUAUCCGUUUGGACAUUUUGUGGUGCAUCAGAACUUGGUCAUGCAUAAGAAGAUCAGGGCUAGAGCAUUGAAGAAGGCGGAAAGAAUGAGAUUGGAAGCUAAGAAGGGCACAUAG